AUGAGUUCGGUUUCGUCCAGUGAGUGUUUGGAGGAUCGAGAGUCGUAUAACAGUCAUGGUCUUGAGAGAGUCACUUCUUUGUACUCACAAUCGAGUUCUACUAGUGAGGAAGUGCCAAGAAGUCGGAGGGCGAGCACAUUAGGAGUUACAACUAUAGCGAAGACGUCUUCCGCCGACAGUCGAGCGUCCAUCAAUGGCCCCGAGUCACUGAAACUGUCGUUAAAGAGAACAAUCACCAAGAUCGUUGAUGCGGUGAAGGACGACAAUGAGCAGACGGACAAGGACAGCAGUGAUCUAAAUAAGGUUUUAGAGUCACGGUUUGACGUCGAAGAUGCCAUAAGGUUGGUAAAUAAUCGGAGUUCUGGGCGGCUUCCCGUCAGGCAAUCGUUCGAUGAAGAAGUAUCUGCUCAAUCUUGGCAUGGCGACACACCAACCCGUGGGAACAAGGAUUUGGAUGACGAUUCAGAUCGUCAAACUGUCGAAAAAGUCUUCACAAACAAAUCCACUGGUGAUUUGGAGCUUCCUCCCGAUGGCGGCUAUGGAUGGGUAGUUACUUUUUGUAUGUGCGUGGUGAUGUUUUCCACAUGGGGUUGUAACUCUGGGUUCGGUGUGUUUCUGGCUUUCUAUUUGAACGAGGAGGUGUUUCCAGGAGCUACAAAGUAUGACUAUGCCCUGAUCGCCGGUCUGACGGUCGCCUUGGGGCAAGGUUGUUCACCAUUUGUUAUGGUUAUUAUGAGGAUCAUUGGGAUAAAAUCUACGAUGCUUUUCGGUACUGCUUUGAUGUUAGCUGGUUUUAUUUUGGCGUCAUUUGCGACUCAAUUGUGGCAGCUUUAUCUGACUCAAGGUGUGAUGAGCGGGGCAUCAAUUUCGUUCAUAUUUGUGCCGGCCACGACAAUGAUCCCAGGAUGGUUCUUGAAGAGAAGAGCAGUUGCCAUGGGAUUAUCAAUGAUGGGCACUGGUGCUGGAGGUGUCGUUUAUGGAUUGGCCGCUAAUAAGAUGAUCUCUCAAGACGGAAACACUAAGACGGCCUUGCGUGUCUUGGCUAUAACCUGUACUGUAAGCGUAUUGGUUGCAAUUGUGUUUUUAAAACAACGAAACCCUGUACCGAGUGUUGGACUAAGAUCGUGGAAGCUUAUUGUUUCGCAAUUCAAGCAGAUUUUCGACAUUAGGGUAGUGAGAAAUCCAUUCGUUUCGUUGGUCGCUUUAUGGUGCAGCCUUGCACUUUUGGGUUACAGUCUAAUGGUGUUCACAUUAUCUUCGUACGCUAUUGCGCGUGGUAUGACAGCUCAUGAGGGUUCCAUUUUAACGGCUGUUCUGAAUGCUGCCCAAGCUAUUGGCAGACCACUGAUGGGCUUGGCAGGUGAUAAAUUCGGCAGAGCUAAUGUAACUAUCGUUUUGACAUUCUUUCUUACUGUACUUUUGUUUGCGUUUUGGAUUCCUGCUCACACUUUUGUACAGUUGCUCAUGUUUUCAAUCUGUGUUGGCAGCUGCGUUGGUGUAGCAAAUGUCAUGAAUACGGUGUUAAUUGCAGAUAACGUGCCGCCACAUCAGUUUUUGACCUCUUGGUCAUUUGUGAAUCUUUCUAGUUCACCACCUCUUUUGGUGUGUGAACUAGUCGCACAGGCGCUAACUGUACCAGGUGAUAAAGACAAUCCAUAUCUGCAUACGCAGAUAUUUGCUGGUUCUUGCUUUUGCGCUGCAUUGAUUUUAGUUCUCAUUUUAAGAGAAUAUGCUAUUCGGUUGAAGCUCAUUGAGAGGCAAAAAGCUACUGACUUGGAACUUGAGGAAUGGAAGCUUGACGGUGAGCAUGAUCCGAGCAAUGAAUUGGACAGCGAUAGGGACCUAGAGGAGGUGCUUGCUACCCUGAACGAAAGGAAAAUCAAAUAUGAUUUAUUACUCGGGUCUGGUAUCAAGAAGUAUCUAUUAAGAAUGGCUUACCCGAUGAAGGUUUAA